AGGAGGAGGAUGAAAAGCUGGAGCUGGAGAUGAUUAAGGCGGCAAGAGAGGAGAGGAGGGGAUGGCAAGCAAGGGGGGCGAGCGAGAGAGAGAGAGAGAGAGCAAGCGUCAGCACUCCAUGCGUUAAAAAGGGCAGAUGGUAACGGCGGGGAACAGGGGAGCAAAGCCCUCCUCUGGACGCGCAGCCAAAGAUCAGGGCGGCCACUCAACGCAUGCGGCCGGAACGCGCCGCAGUUAAGCUGGCCGGCAGAACACAUCGGCGGCGGCGGCGGCGGCACGCUGACAGUGCUGCCCAUGCUUCCUCUUCUUCUUCUUCUUCUUCUUCUCUGAGCCCACGCUGACAGGACACAGCAGAGCAGCAGCGGAGGAAAAAAAGUGUGCAAGGAGGAAGAGAAGGAGCCGCGAUUGCAGCGGGCAUACCGGGGGCAACAUUUGGGAGCAAGCCCCGAGCCAAAAGCCAAGCGGAAGAAAAGAAGGAGGCGCAUUUAGGACCUGCGAAAUAUUUCAAGGAGAAACUUGAGAAUUCAUCGGCCCGAGCGGCAGGCAGCGCGAGCGGACUCAACUCUGCGCGUUGCGCUCUCAGCGCCAGUCCGGGAAAAAAAAAAAAGUCGUCGAGGAGCUUCCAAUGGCGUGCUACUACAUCGUGAUCAGCUCCACCCACCUGCGUGACGGACAGCUCAGGAGCAUCAAAGGGGUGUUCCGAGGACCAAUCGGAGCCGGCGGACGCAAAAACAACCAAACGGAUGAGGGCGCCUCCAGCAACCUGUACUGCGAGCUGUGCGACAAACAAUAUGUGCGCCAGCAGCAGUUUGACAACCACAACAACUCCUACGACCAUCACCACAAGCAGCGUCUGAAGGAGCUGAAGCAGCGCGAGUUCCACCGGGCGGCGGCCUGCCGGAGGCAAAGGGAAGAGCGGCGGGAUGAGCGGCUGCUGCGCAAGAGGCUGCGGCAUCGCUCGCGGGGCGAGGACAAAGCCGACCGGCGCCGCGCCUCGGGUUCGGGCCCCAUGUUCCGCUCCACCACCGUGGCGGUGGAGCCGGCGAGCGGCACGGAGAAGGACGGCAGCUGCGGCGCGGGCGCUCCGGGGCCAGGUAAGGAGAUCCUCAAGACUUGACGAAGGCCGUC